AUGCAUCAUUUCCAAUCUACGCUUGCAUUUGUAAGACGUUGCAGAAAAAUGGCCACUGGUUCUUGGGAAGAAUUCUUUGCUGUUCACUUACCUCCCACUGACUUUGAAGAUAAUCGCUCACUGCUCAAGGAGUUCUGUAAGAGACAUGACCAGUAUGGAAAUAAAAUAGUUUUAGUUACUUCCGGAGGCACAACAGUCCCACUGGAGCAUAAUACAGUACGCUUUGUAGAUAACUUUAGUGCUGGCACUAGGGGGUCUGCAUCUGCUGAAUAUUUCCUAGAACAUGGUUAUGCAGUAAUUUUUAUGCAUCGGCAAAAAUCGUUAGAACCCUUUACAAGACAUUUCAGUGGGCAAAAACUCUUAGACAUGUUGGAUUUACAAGAACAUGGACCAAAUACUACUAUUACAGUAAAACCAGACAGCGUAUUCGCACUCGCGCCAGUACUCGCCCGCUACCAAGCCGCACAUGCGGCCGGAGCCUUACUUCACGUAUCAUUCACUAGUGUGUCGGACUAUCUAUGGUUGUUGAGGGCGGCUUGUGAAUGUUUGGCCCACACCGGCGCUAGGGCAUUGCUGUACCUGGCAGCGGCCGUGUCGGACUUCUAUGUACCGAAAGAUAGAGUUCCUACCCACAAAAUGCAGUCAGCAAGUGGACCUCCAGUAAUACAAUUAUACUUAGUGCCAAAAAUGUUGGCUCCACUGGUCAACCUCUGGGUGCCGGAAGCCUACGUGGUCUCCUUCAAGUUAGAGACUGAUGAGAAUCUGCUCAUUCCCAAAGCUCGUGCUGCGUUAGAAAAAUAUAAACAUAAGAUGGUAGUAGCGAAUUUGUUGCAAACACGUCAUCAAAGGGUUAUUCUGGUGACUCCUGAAGCGAACCAAGAAAUAGUUCUCACUAGAGAAGAAGUGCAUGCAGGCGUGGAUAUAGAGUGUAUGAUAGUGGCAGAGAUAGUGCGCCUCCACUCGGAGCACAUGACGGGCGUGGCGCCUCGC